GCCUGCGCUGUGACCUACAUUUGGCGCAUGCGCUGGGUGGGAUUGGCUGGAUUAAAAACCAUGGCGUGGAUACCAGUGGAGUCUGCAGUAGAAGAGUUGAUGCCCAGGCUGUUGCCAGUGGAGCCCUGCGACUUGACAGAAAGUUUUGAUCCCUCCGUACCCCCGAGGACGCCUCAGGAAUACCUGAGGCGGGUCCAGAUCGAAGCAGCUCAAUGUCCAGAUGUUGUGGUAGCUCAGAUUGACCCAAAGAAGUUGAAAAGGAAGCAAAGUGUGAAUGUUUCUCUUUCAGGAUGCCAACCUGCUCCUGAAGGAUAUUCUCCCACACUUCAGUGGCAACAACAACAAGUGGCACAGUUUUCAUCUGUUCGACAGAGUGUGAUCAGACAUAGAAGUCACUGGAAAUCACAACAGUUAGACAGUAACGUGACCAUGCCAAAAUCUGAAGAUGAAGAAGGCUGGAAAAAAUUUUGUCUGGGUGAAAGGUUAUGUGCUGAAGGAGCUGUUGGACCAGCUACAAGUGAAGGUCCUGGAAUCGAUUAUGUGCAAAUUGGUUUUCCUCCCUUGCUUAGUAUUGUUAGCAGAAUGAAUCAGGCAACGGUAACUAGUGUCUUGGAAUAUCUGAGUAAUUGGUUUGGAGAAAGAGACUUUACUCCAGAAUUGGGAAGGUGGCUUUAUGCUUUAUUGGCUUGUCUUGAAAAACCUUUAUUACCUGAGGCUCAUUCACUGAUUCGGCAGCUUGCAAGAAGGUGCUCUGAAGUAAGGCUCUUAGUGGACAGCAAAGAUGAUGAGCGGGUUCCUGCUUUGAAUUUAUUAAUCUGCCUGGUUAGCAGGUAUUUUGACCAACGUGAUUUAGCUGAUGAACCAUCUUGAUGUAGCUGGCUUCUCAGGGGUAGAAGAUACUUGUGAUGAAGGCAGUCUGAGGAUGUACAGGGGCAACUUAAGUGAGAAUUGAAUUACAUCUUCAACAUUAUUUGAAGGGUCUUCAUCUUAACCUGUGCAUCUGAAGUUAACAUUUAGAAGAUAUAUUGUAUUGAUUUGAAUAUCUGAAGUAUUCUUUGGAAAAUCCCAACCAGCCAGUUUUUGAUGAACAGUUAAAACAGUUUUCUGUAAUUACAUAUUUUUAAAACAAACUGAGUGCCAUUUAUUGAUGAAGCAUUCUGUACAGAAACUGUAUGAUGAAAUUUUACAGAGAUCCUUGGUGCUUUUUCAUUCUUUCUUUACAUAUACACAUAAACUUUUAUUGAAAAUGUGUUUUGGUUAUUAAAAUCUUGUUUGACUCUUU